UCCUUCACACCUCUCCUCAUGGCAACAGAUUUCCCCCUCUUCCCCUCCCUCCCCCCAGAACUCCGCCUCCACAUCUGGCGCCUCGCCCUAACAUCCUCUUGGUCCUGCACAACCCGCAAAUGCAUCCGCUACCAACAGGAUGCAACAAUCGGCGCCCACCCCCACAACUCCAUCUCCCAAUCUUGCACCGAAGCCCGGCAAGCCCUAACCCAAACAUUGACUAAAAUCGACCGUCUGGGCUGGUUCAAUUUCCCCCGCCACCUCCUCUUCCUCCAACGAUUGGGCGCCGGUGGACUUGGUCGAAGAUGCCCAGUAGAAGCCCGACGCGCCCUGUCGCGAAAUGUCCAGCAUAUCGUGGUGAAUGCGCACGGGAAGUUACAGAUGUACUCGAUACUUGAGUAUCUACACAAGGCUUCGCCGAAGUUGAAGAGUGUCGUCGUUGUCGGACCGUGGUUUUUGCCCGAAGACACCGAUGUGUAUGAUUCGGUGCGGGACUGGAUAGCCCCAUAUGAGGAUUGGGGAGAGGUCUUUUUGGAUUCGCCGAUGGAGGUGUAUUUAGAUGUACUAACUAAUGCGAUUGAGCGUGGGGAAGGAGAUGGCGAUUGUCGUCUUGCCCAUGGCUUGUCCGUAGAGCAGUACAAGGCCAGACUUGACAAGGCGGUGCGACGUUUACCGGUUCCGUUACCGGAUGGGCUUCGACCUAUUGAUAAUGUGUACUGGCGGACGAGGAGGAUGUUGGAUAAAGUGGAGUCUAUUUUGCAGAAGUAUUCUACGCCGCCGAGGUUAUACUUGCAGACGGCUGAGCAGAUGCGUGUUUCGAGGAAGCAGACUGGGAAACGUCCAUCAAAACGGAAGAGAUAGGCACAGACCUAAGCACUAUCAAGACGUGACCGAAGAAAAGGAAGAUGGAACCCUAUAGUCGGAUAUAAAUCAUCAACAUAGCAUAUUCACGCCCAUAACCAGCACGAGGUGACAUGACUGCGCUCCGGAAAACAAC